GAUGAAAUGGCGAUCUAGUGACGUGGAGGCUUGCCGGAUUUCGGGCUGAGUUUAAAAAUUGUGAUAUCUUGCCAAACCCUAUUUUACAUCUCUAGGAACUGUGUGCCCAUCAAUCGGUGAAGCCAAUUCAUGAAUUGGUGGUAAACUGAAACGCGCGUACAAGGAACGUCGUCUCAAAUCCAUUCUUCUUUAUUUGCUCUCCCUCUAGAAAACUUGAUUGAACGAAAACCAAAGAAAAGGCGAAACCACUGAGAUUGAAAUUAGUGAAAGAGGAAAAAUGGCAAAUCUCCCUCCGUCCCUGAAUUUGAAGGCUGCCCCUUUUGAGGUUAGCGGCAGCUCCGCGGCCGCUGCCGUCAAUAAGGACCGGAGAAUGCAAUCGGCCGAACAGCUGGUUCUCGAUCUCUGCAACCCUGAUCUCCGGGAAAACGCGCUCCUCGAACUAUCAAAGAAGAGAGAGCUGUUUCAAGACUUGGCUCCACUGCUGUGGAAUUCCUUUGGCACAAUUGCUGCACUUCUUCAGGAAAUAGUCUCAAUUUACCCAGUGUUAUCCCCUCCAAACCUAACUCCUGCGCAAUCAAACAGAGUUUGCAAUGCUCUCGCUCUUCUUCAGUGUGUGGCUUCACAUCCAGACACGAGAAUGUUGUUCCUCAAUGUGUUCCUUUUUGCAGCCCACAUACCUCUUUACUUGUAUCCCUUUCUUAAUACAACAAGCAAAUCAAGGCCCUUCGAGUAUUUGAGGCUUACGAGUUUAGGCGUCAUAGGUGCUUUGGUCAAGGUUGAUGAUACUGAAGUUAUCAGUUUCCUUCUUUCUACUGAGAUCAUUCCGUUAUGUUUGCGCACAAUGGAGAUGGGAAGUGAAUUGUCAAAGACAUUAUGGCUUGUGUGGCAGGUGGCAACAUUCAUUGUGCAGAAAAUUUUGCUUGAUGAUGUGGGCUUAGAAUAUAUAUGCACCACAGCCGAGCGGUUCUUUGCUGUAGGUAGAGUGCUGGGGAACAUGGUUGCUGCACUUGCUGAGCAGCCUUCUUCCCGUCUUUUGAAGCACAUAAUCAGAUGCUAUCUACGAUUAUCUGAUAAUCCAAGAGCAUGUGAUGCCCUGAGAAGCUGUCUACCUGACAUGCUUCGAGACGCAACAUUUAGUAGCUGCCUCCGUGAAGACCCAACUACGAGACGGUGGUUACAGCAGUUGCUUCACAAUGUGCAAGGACCUAGGGUUGCUGCUAUGCAAGCUGGGGCCGGAUUUGAUCAUAUGAUGGUCAACUAAGCAAUUUUACCACCAAAAUUUAGGGCAUCUUUUUCUGGCUUGCUACUGCUCGUUUAUCGUUGGCUGCUUUCUUAAUUUUAUACAUAUAUAGAAAGCGGGAGAGAGGGACUUUAACAAAAUAGUUAUGCACUGGUUUUGGUUUUUAUUGUGAAGGUAACCUAAAAAGUAAAAAAAUCUUGGCUCUUUUGAGGCUGAUUUGUGUGCUGGCUAUAAUCCAUGUAUUGGGAGAUGCCACUGUGUAGCUAUGAGUUACUUUUUUCUCUAUGAUUGUCUGAUUUAGGUAAGUAAGUAAAUCCUGUAAGGCCACGGUUUUGACCAGCAAAUGUGAGAUUGAGAGCAGGAAGAAAAUCUCUUUUUGGAGUUUGAAUCAUUUGUAACUCAAUGAUUGGAAACUUUGAAAAUUAUGGCUGCUUUCUAUAAUCGAGAUAUAUUGUUUGUCAAUCUUGACCCGAUCAAACCAAGGUCGUGUUCAGAAG